AUAGAAUCUCCGCGUCGCUGUACAUGUUACCUUUUCCCACCCAUGUUGAUGUCGAUUUAAAGAGGAAAUAUGAAAAAGCAUCUUACGGUUGUGAUAAAGCUCGGCACAAGCUCAAUUGUGAGCGAAUCUACCCACGAGCCUCUUCUUUCAAUCCUAUCCGUCAUAGUAGAAACAACGAUUAAGCUGCUCAAAGAUGGUCACCGUGUCGUUAUCGUUUCCUCUGGCGCCAUUGGUGUUGCCCUCCGGCGUAUGGAUCUCCCAAAGCGCCCAAAACACCUCCCUCAGGUGCAAGCUCUAGCAGCAAUAGGUCAAUGUCGUUUAAUGAGUCUGUGGGACCAGCUUUUCGGGCAUAUGCGCCAGCCAGUUGCGCAAAUUUUGUUGACGAGGAACGACAUUGCAGAUCGGACGCACUGGCAGAAUGCGCAGAACACCAUGAUAGCGUUAAUGGACAUGGGCGUUGUUCCCAUCGUUAAUGAGAACGACACUAUUUCAGUCACGGAGAUCAAGUUUGGCGACAACGAUACGCUGUCUGCCAUAACCGCAGGCAUGGUUCAUGCAGACUAUCUCUUCCUCAUGACCGAUGUGGACUGUCUCUACGACAAGAAUCCCCGCCAGUUCCCUGACGCGAAGCCCAUUGAGGUCGUGGAAGACAUCGCGGAACUGGAUGCGGACGUCAGCAGCAAAGGUAGCGCACUCGGUACUGGAGGUAUGAGCACGAAGAUCGUGGCAGCAAGACUGGCAACCAGCGCUGGUGUCACAACAGUGAUUACGAAGAGCGACAAGCCCGGAAAUAUUAGGAGCAUCAUCAAAUAUGUGGAAACACAGAAGAUGGCCCGUCGUGGCACAGGCAACCUGGGUGGAAGCGGUACAAUGACUCCUGCCCAGGAGGCACUAUUGAACAACUCGCUGUCGCCUUCAGCGAAUUCGACUUGGUCAGCAGCUGACCCUCCAACUUCGAUUCCAGCCGAUGCGAUCGCGACGCCAACAACAAAUUCUAAUUCCCCAGCCCUGGACGCAACGGUAGUUCCUCCGCUCCAUACGAGAUUCAUUCCGGAUCCACAUCCCAUUCGAGACCGUUACUUCUGGCUUCUGCACGGUUUGCGUCCCCACGGUGCAAUCUACAUUGACGAAGGUGCGCACAAGGCCAUCGCAGACAAAGCAGGCCUUCUUCCUGUGGGCGUUGUAGACGUGUCGGGCACGUUCGCUCAACAAGAAGCCGUGGCAAUCUUCGUUGUCAAACGCAUCACUUCUCCUCCGACGGGUGUACAAUCCUCGUCUACCACCACACCGUCGAUGACUACACGGCCCCCUUACAAAUCGCACACAAGUUCAUCGUCUUUGUCGAAGUCCACAGAGGAUCUCGGUACUGUCACUCCUCCCACUUGGGAAGGCGAACCCCUUGAAGUUGGCCGUGCUCUGGUGAACUAUUCCGCGGCAGAGAUUAAACGCAUCAAAGGACUGCAAGCAACAGAGAUUGCAGGGGUGCUUGGGUAUGCAGACAGCGAAUAUGUGGCGUUGAGAGAGAACAUAGCUUUUUUGAGAUUGGAGCGAAGUAGGCCGGUAAGCCCGGCUUUAGACAGCGCGCCCGCGAACUUGCCAGCGACAAGUGUGGCAUUAACAGAUGUUGGGACAGUAGCACCGAGGUCAAGUUGAGUGAUGCGUUGCAAAAAAGUUUCUCUUUGUUAUGGGUAUGACGUAAAUGAUACUGCGAUAAUUGCAUAGCGCAUGGCGUUCGUUGGCAACACCUUUCACGAGCCCGGGUUAAUGGGUCCGGAUAUACCAAAAAUAUAAGACGAUAAAAGGCACUAAAGUGCCCUCAAAC